AUGAAAAAAAACGUUUAUUUAUACAUACCAAAUAUUAUUGGCUAUAUACGAGUCAUUUUAGCAUUAUUUGGUUUUAUGAUAUGCCGACAAAAUUUACCAAUAUUUGCAGUAUUUUAUGCUACUAGUCAAAUGUUGGAUGGAUUAGAUGGAUGGACAGCUAGGAAAUAUAAUCAAACAUCUGUUUUUGGACAAAUUUUAGAUCAAAUUACGGAUAGAUUAUCAACAUGUUUGUUAUAUCUCCUUAUUAGUAAUGUUUAUGAUAAAUAUGUUUUAGUGGUUGGACUAAUUAUGAUUGCAGAUAUAGGUGGACAUUACUUUCAUUCAACAUCAUGUGCUAUAGCAGGAAAUAGAACUCAUAAAAAAAUUGAAAAGGGAAAUAGACUUUUGAAAUUAUAUUAUGAAAGACAGAGUGUCAUGGUAAUGUGUAUAAUUGCAUACGAAUCCUUUUUGAUUUCUAUAUACAUAUUGAAGGUUGCAUCAGAAAAAUCCUUAAUUUAUAUAUUAAGCUAUUAUGCCAUAAAAUUUUGUUUUCCUUUGGCCGCAUUCAAAGUGUUUACAAAUGUGUCCCAAGGAAUAUAUGGUGUUAAAAGAUUAGUAGAAAUGGAUUGUAAAAAAAAUGAAGAGAAAUAA